AUGAAGGGUGCUAUACUUCUUCUUCCUCGUGCUUUAUCUGAGCUUAGUACAGCUCAACGUCCUUUGCAAGUGGAUAAAGAAGAUGAAAGAAACAAGAAUAAUAAUUGGGCUUGGGCUACACAAGCAGAUAAGGCCUCCGAGGUUGCCCAAGAAUUAUCGCAUCUGAUGGGAGAAGAGAAGUGUGAGGAGAGCGAUGAAGAGUGUAUGAAGAGAAGGAUGAUCACUGAAUCUCACUUGGACUACAUCUACACUCAAAGCCACAACAAGCCUUAA